UUGAGUAGAGCGGUUCUCACUGCUUUCUCGGAUUUUGUACGUAACACUGCGCUCGUCUGUACCUCGUACAAAGUUUACCGGAUAUAUCCCAAGGGAUAAGUUUGGAUUCAGAAUUAUCGAAUAUUGCAAUUGGUGAGGAUAAAUAAGUUGGAGUGAAUUUACACAGUGUUUAUGUGAUAUAUUUUUAUUGAUUGAGUGGUUAAUACAAAUGGUUGUGCUAGAAGAAGGCGGAAUGUUGACCACUGGACACAAUCAGUACUUACAACCGGAUUAUCUUUCUCCGCUUCCAACGACGUUGGAUGCGAAAAAGAGUCCGCUGGCCAUGCUCGCCCAGACCUGCAGCCAAAUAGGUGCAGAUUCACCAUCAAAGCCCCUGAUAUCGUCACUGGAAAAAUCAAAGACCACUUCAAACGCGCGUUCCCCGCCGGCGGCCAAGAUGGACCGGACCCGCAGUAGUCCGUCGGAACCCAAGCCCCUGGCGUUCAAGCCCUACGAAACAAACGUUCUAACUAAAAAAUCAAGCCACGACGACAGUAGACCGACAUCAAAAGCCAGUGUACAGAGUGUCAGUGCUCAGGACAGUGUUAGUGCAAGUGAAAAUAACAACAACACGGACAAAAAGUCGGGCAAACGAACCCCCCUUGGCCGCAAAUCAGCGUCCCCCUGUCAGGGACACACUACAACAUCCGCGAGCAGUGCAUCGCCGUCCGAGCGAAAGACCCCAGCUCAGGAGGCGGAAAAAUCGAGCGAUUCAUCACGGAAUAGUGGAGCGAGUCCAAUAAUUCGAUCAGGAAUGGAGGUGCUGUCGGGUGCUGGACACCCCAAAGAGAGCAGUAGUCUCAAUGCCUACAAGCACGGCCUAGGAUUCGGCAGCAAUCCUCUCUGUUGCCCCCCGGGACUGAUGGAAAAUCCCGCGUUCAGGCCGUCAUUCCCCGGCGCAUCUCCGUUCUCCCAUCAUCACGCGGCAGCCGCUGCGGCACUUCUCGGGUAUCCGACGGCGGCCGGCAGCAACCCGUACCUGAGCUACACCCGCGUCAAGACACCGGCCGGUGGCGAAGCCCUUGUCCCCGUCUGCAAGGACCCCUACUGCACCGGCUGCCAGUACAGCAUGCACAACGCCCAGAUGAUGAUGGGCGCGGGCCCCUGUCCAAGCGGUUGCACGCAGUGCGAACAUCAGAAGUACGGACUAGCCAUGGCCCUCUCCUCCCUGGGACCGAUGCCGCCGCCAUCCAUGUCCUAUCCCCAGUCCCUCGCUGGCGGGAGGCCCUACGUCUGCAACUGGAUCGCCGGAGAGACAUACUGUGGCAAACGCUUCACCACGUCCGAGGAGCUCCUCCAACAUCUGCGGAGCCACACCAGCAUAGCGGGGAGCGAUGCGGCCGCCUCCGCCGCACUUCUCGCCGGCCAGCAUCAUCAUCCGCUGCUGUCACCAUCCGCCGCCCUUCAUCGCGCGGCCGGGGGCACCUAUCCCGCACCCUCUCUCAGCCCGUUAAGCGGCCGAUACCAUCCCUACGGGAAACCCCCCGCCGGCGGUCCGCUUCCUGCGUCAUUAGCCGCAUCGCCUUACAGUGCAUUCAACACUCUGGGACCUUACUACUCACCCUACACUCUCUACGGCCAACGAAUGGGCGCUGCUGUUCAUCCUUAAGGUGAUUUUAUCGAGCCACAAUCAAGAUACAAGUAUACAAUUGUUGUAUGAACCAGAGACUGUCACUUGUAAAUAACGCGCCGCGGGUGCUCAUGUAAAUUAUAAACUCUAUUUAAAUGAAUAUACAGAUAUAUACGAAAACAGAAUGGAGAAAAAAUGGCAAAUGAAUAUAUGAAUAUAUAAACUAAAUAUAUUACAAUUGAAGUUUUAUGAUGUAUCGCGACAGUUUAACGUCGCCCCGUUGGCUGCAGAGAGCCGCUCUGACACACUUGAAUUAUACGCCUAUUAAAAUCCGAUUGAUUUACGAGCGGGUAUUAUUAAACGUCUCGUUUUCACGAUUGUGUCCACUCGAUAUAAAUUAUCAAACAAUAUUUCAUUCUUUUUUUUUACUUCUCUCUCUCUCUCUCUCUCUCUUUUUCUUGUGGGUUAGUGUUGGAAUAUGUUUAUGACACAGUGGUGUGCAUGGAGUCACGGGGAGGUGGGCUUUUUACGAGGGGGUUGGCAAUAGAGCCUUGUAUUUUUUCGUCUUUGUUUUCCAAACCAACGAGGCGGUUUUACGACUCGUCCAAUGUGGAGUAAGGAUGGAAAAUACAGCGUCGUAAUUCAUGCUGAGUAAAAUGUGUAAUCAUGUGUCGCUGAAGAAUGGCCUGAGUCAACACGAGGGGGUAAUAGGAGAGAGAGAUAGGCGUGAAGAAAAAAUGAUGAUACGAUUCGUGUCCAUUGUAUAACUGUGAUAUUUAUUAUUCAUUUCGAUUGUAGAACCAAGCGUUUCCGUUUGCUUUCGUUAUCCGUCGUUUGAUCCCUUAGAAUUCACUGGGCUGGAGAUCAUGUGGAUGUCGAGUGUAAACAGAGAAUACGUCUGGGGAAUCGUUGAAUUGUUGAGAGCACAACAUCCGGUGUAAAUUAGUGAGAUAAAACGAGAGAAAGGGGAAAAAAAUUGUCACGCCUGUCUAACAUGCCGUCGGAUGAGUGUUCUUAUCGUCGUAGACGACCCACACGAUGCAACGAUGUGUCAUUCACACUGUAAAUAGGAAUUGUAAAUAUCGUUGAGUUUCCAUACCGCUUUAAUAAACAUGUUUGUAGAAUCACAUAUUCAA